GUCACUCCCGGCGGCGGCAGCGGGGCCGGGACUUCCUCGUCGCCGCGGCGGCAGCGGCGGGGCUGGCGGCGGUGAGUGCCGGGAAGGAUACAUGAUUUGCUGAAAAGAGAGAAAAUGCUAUGCUGGGGCUACUCGUCUUAUGGACAGCCUGGGAUAGGUAGCAACCUCCAGGUCAUCAUUCCUGAACCACAGGUGUAUGGGUUCAUCCAUGACAGAAAUGUCAAGGAGGUGGCAUGUGGAGGAAACCACUCUGUGUUCCUGUUGGAAGGUGGAGAGGUGUAUACCUGUGGCCUGAACACCAAAGGUCAACUGGGGCAUGACUGUGAAGGAAGCAAGCCAGAGCCGAUCGGGGCGCUGGCCGGGCAGCACAUCGUGCACGUGGCCUGUGGGGAGUCACACAGCGUGGCACUCAGCGACCAGGGCCAGCUCUUCUCCUGGGGCGCCGGCAGCGACGGGCAGCUGGGGCUCACCACCAUAGAGGAUGCAGUGACAGUGCCAAGGUUGAUAAAGAAAUUGAACCAACAGACCAUACUGCAGGUUUCCUGUGGAAAUUGGCAUUGCCUGGCUCUGGCAGCAGAUGGCCAGUUCUUCACGUGGGGGCAGAACAGCUACGGUCAGCUGGGCUUGGGCAAAGAAUGUCCCUCCCAAGCCAGUCCACAGCGAGUCAAGUCUCUAGAUGGGAUCCCUUUGGCUCAGGUUGCUGCAGGUGGAGCCCACAGUUUUGCCCUUUCUCUCUCAGGAGCUGUGUUUGGCUGGGGGAAGAACAGCUCAGGACAGCUGGGACUGAGUGAUGAACGAGACCGAGAGUCCCCGUGUCACGUGAAGCUGCUGCGCUCUCAGAAGGUUGUUUACAUCAGCUGUGGGGAGGAACACACUGCAGUCCUGACAAAGAGUGGAGGGGUGUUCACCUUCGGUGCAGGUUCCUGUGGGCAGCUGGGCCACGACUCCAUGAAUGAUGAGGUGAACCCCCGAAGAGUUCUUGAGCUCAUGGGCAGUGAAGUGUCCCAGAUUGCUUGUGGCAGACAUCACACUUUAGCCUUUGUGCCUUCUUCAGGAAUGAUCUAUGCAUUUGGCUGUGGAACAAGAGGCCAGCUGGGAACAGGGCACACUUGCAAUGUGAAGUGUCCCUCUCCUGUCAAGGGUCACUGGGCAGCUCACAAUGGGCAACUCUCAGGGAAACCUGAUGCCUGUAAAUACCACAUUGUUAAACAUAUCUUCUCUGGAGGAGACCAAACUUUUGUGCUUUGCUCCAAAUACGAGAAUUCCUUGCCUGCUGAUGAUUUCCGGACCAUAAAUGAAACACGUUACACCUGUUUAAUAAAUGAUGAAACUAUAGAUGUCUGGAGGCAAAAGCUUUUAGAAAAGAACAGUUCUAAUUCUGUCAAUAAUGUUGUUCAGAUACUGUCCUCAGCUGCCUGCUGGAAUGGAAGCUUCUUGGAAAAGAAAAUCGAUGAGCAUUUUAAAACCAGUCCAAAGAUCCCAGGGAUUGAUCUGAACUCCACGAGAGUGCUGUUUGAGAAGCUGAUGAACUCCCAGCACUCCAUUCUCCUAGAGCAGAUACUGAAGAGCUUUGAAAGCUUUUUGAUUCCUCAGCUGUCUAGCUCUCCACCAGAUGUUGAGGCAAUGAGGAUCUAUCUGAUUCUCCCAGAAUUCCCACCAUUCCAAGACUCCAAGUAUUACAUCUCUUUGACCCUUCCUCUAGCAAUGGCUAUUUUGCGCCUGGACACCAACCCCAGCAAAGUGCUUGAUAACUGGUGGUCUCAGGUGUGCCCACGAUACUUCCUCAGGCUCGUGGACCUCUACAAAGGUGCAGUGGUUUACCUCCUCAGUGGAAGGAAGACGCUGCUGAUCCCAGUCCUGUUCAGCAGCUACAUUACAGCUGCUCUCAGGCUUCUGGAGAAACUCCACAAGGUGAAUCAGAAGGUUAAACACGUGGAAUAUGAUAAGUUUUAUAUCCCUGAGAUUUCCAGCUUGGUGGACAUUCAGGAGGAUUAUCUCAUGUGGUUUUUGCACCAGGCUGGAAUGAAAGUAAGGCCGUCCAUCAUGCAGGAUGCUGUGACUCUCUGCUCUUACCCUUUCAUCUUUGAUGCUCAAGCUAAGACCAAGAUGUUACAGACAGAUGCAGAAUUACAGAUGCAGGUUGCAAUAAAUGGUGCAAAUUUGCAGAAUGUCUUCAUGCUUCUCACCCUGGAGCCUCUGCUGGCCAGAAGCCCUUUCCUGGUACUUCAUGUUCGCAGGAGUAACUUAGUUGGUGAUGCUUUAAGGGAGUUGAGCAUCCAUUCAGACAUUGACUUGAAAAAACCUCUCAAAGUCAUCUUUGAUGGUGAGGAAGCUGUUGAUGCUGGAGGAGUGACAAAGGAAUUUUUCCUCCUGUUGUUAAAAGAGCUACUCAACCCCAUCUAUGGCAUGUUCACUUACUACCCAGAGUCAAACCUGCUGUGGUUUUCAGACACGUGUUUUGUUGAACACAACUGGUUUCACUUGAUUGGCAUCAUAUGUGGUCUUGCAAUCUACAAUUUCACAGUGGUAGACCUUCACUUUCCCUUGGCUCUGUACAAAAAACUCUUGAACGUGAAGCCUUGCCUAGAGGAUUUGAAGGAGCUGUCCCCUACAGAAGGAAGGAGUCUCCAGCAACUUUUAGAUUACCCUGGGGAAGAUGUGGAGGAGACAUUCUGUUUGAAUUUUACAAUCUGCAGGGAAAGCUAUGGUGUGACAGAGCAGAAGAACCUGAUUGAAGAUGGAGAUAAAAUUCUGGUGCAGAAGGACAACAGGGAAGAAUUUGUCGAAGCCUACGUCAAUUACAUCUUCAACGUCUCCAUCCACGAGUGGUACACGGCCUUUUCUACUGGCUUCCUGAAAGUGUGUGGUGGGAAGGUACUGGAGCUCUUCCAGCCCACAGAGCUCAGGGCCAUGAUAGUUGGAAACAGUAACUACAACUGGGAGGAACUGGAGGAGAGCGCUGUCUAUAAGGGAGACUACACUGCCACACACCCAACUGUGAGAAUGUUCUGGGAGACCUUCCAUGAAUUUCCCUUGGAAAAGAAGAAGAAAUUUCUCUUAUUCCUGACGGGCAGCGACCGCAUCCCCAUCUACGGCAUGUCCAGCCUGCGCAUCAUCAUCCAGUCGACGCCCAGCGGGGAGCAGUACCUGCCCGUGGCUCACACCUGCUACAACCUGCUGGACCUGCCCAAGUACAGCAGCAAGGAGAUCCUCAGCGCCCGCCUCGUGCAGGCCAUCGACCACUACGAGGGCUUCAGCUUGGCCUGACCCCGCGGGGCCGGCGCGGACUCUUGGGUGCUGAGCAGCAGAACGAUGGGCUUGGGAUUUAUUUUUGUAAGGGAAUAGAUCUGAACUACAUUUUUUUUUUUUUUUGGGAGGGGGGUAAAUAUAAACAAUAAUAAUAGAGAUGAUGCAGUCUCAGCCUGAUGCUGCCAGCAUUUUUUGGGGCUUCAGCAGGGAGAGGCUCUUGCUUUGAAUUUUUUCAUCUGCUGAACAAAACCAGUUCAGUGGGCAUUUCUGUUGAUCCCCUCCAACUUGACAUCACUGCCCUCCUGGCAAUUCCUUGUAGUUUGCUUUUGUUGCCCCCAUACACACACACACUCUUACCUCUUAUUUUAGUUCAGUUGAAAUAUUUUGAUGUCCCUUGCAUUUAGGGUAUGGUGGAAAUAGGAUGAAAUAGUGAUCUCCUCUUCGAAAAGCUGUGAUUUCCCCCACACCCUUUUUUCCUCCUUUUUUUAAAUGCAAGCUGGUUCUUGCUUGCUUUGAAUAGAAAUAUCUCCUCUGCCCUUCAGACCUUGGUGGAUGGUACUGGGCUGGGAUGUCAUUUGUGACCCAGAGCGGUGCAUUAGUGAUGUUCCAUCUGUUUGCACCAGGAUGUCUCAUGGAAAAUAUAGUAGUUUACAGAGGUUGGCUUGUUUUUCCUCACUUGUAUUGAAAUUUGUUUUAAAGCUUCUCAAAGAAGCCUCAGAAUCCCUCUGGAGUGGGGUUUGUGUUCAGGCUUGUGGAAGGACAAACCCUGCCUAUCACAGCAGGUUUCUCUAAAUGCGGCCCUCUUUUUCCAUCCCAACAGCCCAGCUACUCCAAUACAAGGUGAGGUGGCUGCUUUUACUGCUGCCACCUUUGUCCAGAGGAGCUGUGUGCAUGGAUGUGUGAGUGCAGGGGUGUGUGAGUGUGAGAGAUGUGUGCAAUCUCUCCAGUCUCAUCAGGUCAGGUCAAAGAAAGGAGUAGAAGAUACACAUUUGAGUGAUAGCCCCCUGUCUGGAGAUUGGUUUGAUCUUUGCAAUUAGGCUUAUUACUUUGCUGUUUGAGAACAGCCCUCGCUCUUGGCAGCUGUUUUGCCAGGGGGCCUGAAGGACAUUCUGUAUGAAUUAGACUGAAAAUGUAGAAAAAUCUCUACCUAAAUCUAUGCUGUAUAAUUGGAGAGCUUUUGUCCUCUUUUCCUCAGUCUCACUGCCCCAUUAAGUGAAGUUUGAAUGAUUUUUCUCCUUUCUCCCUUGCCAUUUUUCAGAUCUUGGUGUAAAUCUCAUUUUAAGCCUAGGGUGGUUUUGACAUUGACUUGUUAUUAGGACAUAGUAUUUAUGCACCAUGUUCAAUUUACAGUAUUGAACUUUGCACCUCAUUACAAAAGGUUUUAGGCUUCUGGAUUGUUCUUUUUUUUAAAGACGAGCUGUGGGCUACAUUGAGAGCCCCCCAGCCUCUUUCUAAUGCAGCAUUGAAGACAAAUAUACAAUUAUAUCAAAUGUUUAUUUUCGAUGUGUGUGUACAUAGUACAGUAUUAUGCAAUAAAUUUGAUGUUUAAUUCUGA